CUCUCUCUUCUUUUUCUGUUGUUAAUCAUCUUUUCAUUUACUAUUCCCUUCACUUCCCUCGCCUCGCUCUACAUUGGGAACGCUGUUUGACCAUGUUUUCUCCAGACAAAUGGGAGGUUCUCUCUGAGAUUAACAGCGUGCUCUGCAUCACAAUCGUCUGUUUCUUCCUUGGAAGAAAACUCUCUUCACAACAAGGUCCAGCGCAUUAUGCCCGUAUCCUUGUGCUAUCCCUUUUCUCGGUAUCCUGGGCAUUCAAUUUGAUUUCAACACUUCUUGUCAGCACAAACAACAACAACAUCUUAUCAUGUAGUCUUAGCAUCUUCAUGUGCAUCACACUCUAUGCCAUGAGUAAGAUUCUAAUAUAUCUGUUUCUCAUCGAAAAGAUUUAUGUUGUUGUAUCCAAUGAACAAUCAAGAUAUGAAAGCAAGCUAUAUCGUAUCAAUAUAGUAUUGUUGCUACCGUAUAUUGCUAUCUUUAUACUGAUGAUCGUGUACCGCACUGCUUAUAUCAUGGACGACGGCACCUACUUUUGUCACAUCGGUUUGGGUUUGCCUGCCACAUUAUCUUUGGUGGCAUAUGAUUUCUUUAUCACAACGUAUUACACACUCAUGUUCUGCAGAAUGUUGAUUUGGCCUGCCGAAGGUGCAUCCGGCGCACCAGGUACUCAGACAUCACUUCGUUAUGUUGCCAAACGCAAUCUUGUUGCUGCUGUUGUCGCCUUGAUUGUCUCCUCCGCCAAUGUGGUGAUUCUAAUUACCUUGGAUGGUGUAGAGCGUGGUCUUGUGUGCUUAACUUCGUGCACAUUGGACGUCACCAUAAAUGCGACUGCCAUCUUCUGGGUUACUUCCCAUCAAUCUGAAAUCGAGCAUCUGAAUAGACAGAGGCUGGACCGCAAAGUCAAGCUCGAAAUCAAGCAACAUCAAGAAGUCAUCAUCAUGCGCGAAAUUGCCACUCGUCUAUAAGUACCAACCCAACGUCACUUGGUCUGGUCCAUCUCAGAUAAUACUUUUGUUUUGCCAUCAUCAGUCUUUUUUUUAAUCCAUUAUCCAUUUUGUUCCCCUCCACCCAUUCUUCUUGUGAUUAGUCUUCCUUUACAUAAUUUUUUUUUGUG